AACAUAAAAUUGUAAUGGUUGGCCUCGACAAUGCUGGCAAAACGACCAUCUUGUACCAGCUCCUGAUGAACGAAGUCGUCCAUACUUCGCCCACCAUUGGCAGUAAUGUGGAAGAGGUCGUCUGGAAGAACCUGCACUUCAUCAUGUGGGAUCUAGGAGGACAGGAAUCUCUACGGUCGGCGUGGAACACAUAUUACACUAAUACAGAGUUUGUCAUCUUGGUGAUAGACUCAACAGACCGAGAACGCCUAAGCAUCACGCGAGAAGAGCUGUACAAGAUGUUGGCUCAUGAGGAAUUAUCACGAGCGGCAGUACUUAUAUAUGCCAACAAGCAAGAUGUGAAAGGUUCGAUGAGCGCAGCAGAGAUUUCACGGUUAUUAAACCUGACUUCUAUAAAGAAACAUAAGUGGCAGAUCCAAGGAUGUUGUGCAUUAACAGGAGAAGGCCUUUAUCAGGGACUAGAAUGGAUUGGAAGCACUUUAAAAAGCAAGUGACGAAACCAUAAGCCAAUAGUUACUAUCUCAAAACUGUGAUCGUCCUGAAGGGUGUAAGUGUAUGCGUGUGUGUAUUUGCAGGUUGCAAGGACAAAGGAGUCCUUCCUGUGAACUACAUGUUAGUGUUGUAACUAUGUAAAAUAAACAUCUUUUAAGAAAUUACAUGGCCAGAUGUAACUGGAGCAAGAUUAUCAGUUCAUUAUUAUUUUCUAUUUUCUUUUGAAACUUGGAAAACCUUUCUGCCAAGGCAGAUGUGUAUAUAUACAUAUGAUGCUGUAUAAGGUGGAAAUGUGUUGGACAGUGGUUAUACUUUGAUGGUCAUGAUGAUAUAUUACUAAGUGCAGUUCCAUGGACACAAGGCAGAAAGAAGAAAUUCCUCCGCAAGCAGAACCGCAAGUGCAAGGCUUGGAAUAAUAGGGUGGUGGAGGAAGACUAAGAUUGUCUAAGGUGUGUUUAUAUCAUCUGUCGCAAGAGAGAGAAAAUAGAACGAUUUGGUGUUAUUUGUCAAGAAGGAAAUCAUUGUGGUAUGAAGAAAUCAUUUCAUUUUCUAUACAGUGUGCCAUUUCAAGAUUCAAAUUUUCACAGUAACUCAUAUUAUAUCAGUGACAGUUACAAGUAUUCUCUAGUGAUAUCUAUCAACUGGAAGUUUUACUUUGUUGAUGAGGUGUAUGAUUGUUGCCAUUUUUUCUACCAAUUUUUAAUGGAAAUAUCAAGUAAUGUGCAACUUGAGUGUGAAAUGAUGACUUUGUAAUAUACAUAUUUUGAGUGUGUGAAUGUAGACUUCUCAGAGUGAAAGUUUCAUUUUAUAUUAUUUAUUAUUGUUUUCAUUUGGUUAUCUCCCCCUUCCCUCCAGAAAAAAAAAAAAAAAAAAUCUCUCAUUUUAUUUUUAUAUAGAGAUGGAAAACUUGUAUUAGCUUUAUUUGACAUAAUUAUAAUUGAUAAAGCAUU